ACACCAACCCCGACAACCGUAACAGGACCCGUACCCCCCACCACACCCUCUCCUCCGACGCCGUCCACGACAACCACCACCACCUCGCCCACAACCGUUACCUCCACUUCAACCAGCACUCCAGUACCCACUGCCACAACUCUCACCACUGCUCCCCCUACCAGCACAGAAACGCCCAGCACAACUCCUGCAACCACCACCGUCCCAGUUACCACGGAAACACCGAAAAGCACCACUUCUGUUCCACCACCGGUGCCUACAGUCACCACACCUUCGACAACCAGACCGCCAAGCAGCACUCCGAAAACCACGCCAACCACGUCUCCCUCCACCACAUCCAGAACCACUGCAUCAACUCAGACGGCAACCACCAACACGCCAAAGACCACUGCAACAGCCUCCACAAUCUCCACACCACCCACCCCUACACAUCACCCCAAAAUCCUAACCACCACAACCCCCUCCACCACGACAGAAUCCACUGCGCCUAGCACACCAACCCCGACAACCACAACAGGACCCGUGCCCCCCACCACACCCUCUCCUCCGACGCCGUCCACGACAACCACCACCACCUCACCCACAACCGUUACCUCCACUUCCAGCAGCAUUCCAGUACCCACUGCCACAACUCUCACCACUGCUCCCCCUACCAGCACAGAAACACCCAGCACAACUCCUGCAACCACCACCGUCCCAGUUACCACGGAAACACCGAAAAGCACCACUUCUGUUCCACCGCCGGUGCCUACAGUCACCACACCUUCGACAACCAGACCGCCAAGCAGCACUCCGAAAACCACGCCAACCACGUCUCCCUCCACCACAUCCAGAACCACUGCGUCAACUCAGACGGCAACCACCAACACGCCAAAGACCACUGCAACAGCCUCCACAAUCUCCACACCACCCACCCCUACGCAUCAUCCCAAAAUCCUAACCACCACAACCCCCUCCACCACAACAGAAUCCACUGCUCCUAGCACACCAACCCCGACAACCACAACAGGACCCGUGCCCCCCACCACACCCUCUCCUCCGACGCCGUCCACGACAACCACCACCACCUCGCCCACAACCGUUACCUCCACUUCCACCAGCACUCCAGUACCCACUGCCACAACUCUCACCACUGCUCCCCCUACCAGCACAGAAACGCCCAGCACAACUCCUGCAACCACCACCGUCCCAGUUACCACGGGUAAGUCUCCUUGGCCGCUCUGCAGCAGCUUACAAGUCUUUCAGGACCCCUCUCUUCCCGUAGCGAUCCAAGGGGCAGAGGGAUUCCCACCUCCAGGUCCCACGUAA